AUGGAUAAGAGAAUGCUAUAUACUUCAGAAGACUCAUAUCCUCAAAGCCGGGAACCGAAUAGAUCGUGUGAUGAUAAUUCACCCACGUAUUUAGCCAUAAGUCCGAACGGGAUUCUUGCGGCAACUUUUAAUUCUGUAACUUAUGAAAUUAAAAUUUACGGAGUGGUUAACAAAGAAGUUCCUACUAAUCUUUGGUUUACUGAAAAUGAAAUGAAAGAAUUGGAGAAACAUUCUAAAGACGUGUCGUUUUCUUUGGCCAUUUCCGAUUCAGCAGAUAAAGAUGAUGUAGUAUAUGUAGCUGUAUCACGUUUUAAAAAUAAACCAAUCGAAAAUCAAAAAACUAAUACAGAUGAAGAACAAGAGGCUGAUUCUAGGAAAGAUAACCCAAGAACUAUUAAGGAUGAAGAAAAAGAGAUUGGUUAUAGGAAAGAUAACCCAAGAACUAUUAAGGUUGAAGAAAAGGAGAUUGGUUAUAGGAAAGAUAUUCCUGGUAGAGAAAAAAUGAUUGAUCAAACGUUUGUGUUUUCAACAAAAUUAAGUGCGCGUAUCAAGACUGCUGCAGACAAUCGCGGUGGGAUUGUUAGAUUUUUGAAUAAUAAUUUGCCAAAGGAAGCCGGUCAAUUGAAUGGAUUCACUAAUCUUAUUGUAAUGAACGCGUCUGAAAUCACAAAAGUAUUCAUCAAUAAUAUCAAUCAUAAAAAGUUUAGCGAUCGAUCAAUAUUUAAAAAUUCUUUGGUCUCGGAAGAAUAUGAAUUUCCAACAAUUAUUCAAGAUAAAUUAUAUCAUAACUCUUGUACUAGAUUUUUAAAUACCAUCGUUGAAAGAAAUUAUUUAUUUGUUGAAGAUUAUAAAAAUCAUAUACUUGAAAUGUAUAAUUUACAUUCCAUGAAUUUAGAUUUGACAUUUCAAAAUCGUGAUCAAGUUACUCUUUCAAAGCAGUUUCAUGAAAAUGCUAUUUUUUCCAUUUCAAAACACCGUCAUCUAUUAGCAUAUUGUAAUGGUACAAAGAGUAUUACGAUUUAUUUGAUGGAGAAUGGACUUGAGGUUACAACGAAAGAAUUUACCGAUGCAAACAAAAUCCUUUUAAUUUCAUUUAUUGAUGAUGAUGAAAGAUUACUCGUCGUCACUGAUAAUAUCACUGAGGAAGCCACUGAGCAAACCAUUGAAGAAGGCACUGAAAAUACCAUUGAAGAAGGAACUGUAGAAGUAUCCGAAGAAGGCACUGUAGAAGCAUCUGAAGAAGGCACUGAAGAUACCAUUGAAGUAGUCACAGGAACUUUCACUCCAACGAUAAAUAUUUGGGAUCUUUUCACUUUUAGUAAUGAUGUACGAGUGUUUGACGAUGAUUCAAAUAUUUUUAGUUCCUUACAAAAGUCUAAUAGUCACUCAAUAGCUUUGUCAAAUGGAUCAAUACUUGCAUCUUUACAGGAUGGAGAUAUUUGCAAAUUUUCGUAUGAUAAAAUUAAAUUAAAGCCACCUAAUAUAUCACCCAUUAAUCAAGUUCAAGAGGAUCAUCAAGAGAUGGAUGCUAAGAAAAAACCAUACCCCAUUAUUAAAGAACCUUGGGUUAGUAAUAAGAAAGAUAAACAUAUUCCUUCUUAUCUUGAUGAAUAUAAAACAAUUCAACUUAUAAUUGGAGAAACAACAGUUCAAGUUUGGAAGAAAAGAAAAGGUCAUGACGCUACAAAUGAUCGGGUUUUAAAAUAUAUUUGGGUAAAUCUAGGUAAACAAAAUAUUAAAGUUGAUUCUCUAAAGAUUGGAAAUUGCGAAUUUUAUUUAGAUUUGUCAUGGGAUGUACCUAGUAAUGAUAAUACCAGUGUUCCUAGUGAUGAUAAUAAUACCAUUCCUAACCUCCCGAAUGAUUCAAAGGUAAAAAAGAAAGAGCAUAUUCAUUGGCCAAAUAAAGCUCAUGUCCUCAAAGAUGCAUGUGUUGCUAUGGAGUAUCUUUACAAGCGAAGAUAUGAUUCUGCAGGAUCGAAUAACUUAAACAAAUAUGAAGAAUUGUUUGUAGGCACAGAAAAACUUAUUAAUAAAUGUAUCAAAAAAAAUCCGAGUUUAUGGAGUUUAACUGAAGUAAGAUAUGGAAUUAUGGCCAAUAUCAUUCGAUCAAAAAAUAUACCAUUAUUGCAUCGGAUUCUAUUCGAUUAUAAAGAAGCAGAUGGCAACAAACAAGAUGAAACGAGACUAGCUAUUGGACAAUCUUUAGGUGAAAAUCGUAGGGAUAAAUCUAUCGUCGCCAUGUUACUCGAAUAUUAUUCAAAUAAUGCGGAAAAGGAUAUAGGUUGGAUGUUUACAGUUACAAAGUCUCUUCCUUCGCUUAAAAAAUAUCACUUUGAACCUUAUUUAAAGGAAUUAUUUUACAAACCUUGCUUUGGGUCCAAAGAAGAGUUUGUAGAUUCAAAAUUUGUUUCUCAACGUAAAUUGAAAGAAGGAUAUAAAUCAGAAAUUUGUUCAUUAAAUGUGAGACCGCGACUUUUACUGAAGCAAAAUAAAUCUUCAUGGUGGAAUAAAUUAAAGUCGUUGAAGAUUUUUGAAUGGAGUUCAAAAGAUACGGGUAAAAAGAUUCCACGAGUAACGGCAGUACGCGUAGUUCCGUUACCUGAUUUUACAGUUUAUCCAACUAAUGCGACAGAUAGAACACAUAAUAAUUGGAUGAUUCCGUUCAAACUUAUCAAACUCAUAAUUUUUCCAAGAAUUUAUUUGAUUCAUGAUAAAAAUCAUUUUAGUCCUUUUCUAAAACUUAUGAGUAAAAAUGAAAAUGAGCAAUUAUAUGAUAAUCCAGCAAUGGAAGCGUGCAUUGAUUUCAAAUGGGGAGCAGCGAGAAAUUGUUUCUUACGUCAUUUUACAUUAUUCAUAGCUUUUUCGCUCACAUUUGCAUUAGGUUCUGGAAUAAUCAAAGAUGUCAAAAGUAAAAUAUUGACAGGAUUAUUUUUUUAUUUUGGAUAUUAUCUUUUGAUGACGGAAUUUAUACAAUUAAAGCAUCAGGGAUUUAAAAGAUAUUUGAGCAUAUAUAAUAUUCUUGAUGUUGUAUCAAUUUUUCUUGCAUUAAUUACGAUGAUAAUCUAUCUUACCCUAAUUGCAGUUGAAGUUAACAUAGUUCUGCAAGCUUUUGCGGUCUUACUUUUAUGGUUUGAAUUACAUAUCAUAUUAGAGCAUCCUAAUCUUAUUGAUUUGAAACCUAAUGGCAACAAAUUUGUGAUAAACUCAACAAAUCCAGACUUUGACGGCCUUACAAUUGAACAAGUCUUUGAUGUUGAUGAUCCCAUGGAUAAUUAUUAUAGAAAAUUGACAUAUUCUGUUAUGGGAGCAUAUUUUUGGAUCCUUGGGAGAUGGGAUCAAAUAGAAGUAUGGGAUUUCUGGCCAAUUUAUGUAAUUAGUAUAGGAGCAAGUAUUUUAAUAGUCACCAUCAUGCAGAAUUUGCUGAUCGCAUUUAUGACGGGUGUAUAUGAGAACGCAAGACAUAAUGUAAAAUUGGCGGUGUUAGGUUAUAGAGCUGAUUUAGUCGCUGAUUAUGAAACGUUAGAAAAACCAUUAGAUGAUUCGGAUGACUCGGAUGAUGAUGAUCAGGACGAACAAUCUUUAAAUGUAGCAAGUAAAGAUAAAAAUGAUCAAAAAUUUAAAUUGGCUGUCGAUGAUCAUGAGGAUAAAUCUAUCAUCACGAAUGAUGAGCAAUUCGUGAAAUUACAAGAUGAGAUGAAGAUGUUAAAAAAUGAAGCUGCUAGGACCGAUUGUAGUAGGCCAUAG